GGGGCUCCUGGAUGACGUCACCGACCAGGAAGCCGCGGAGCGCUGGUGGGGAGGGAGGCCGGUACCACUGGACAGGGCUUCACCCAGGAAGGAGCACCCGUCCCUGUCCAGUGGGGCUGAGAGCCUGCUGGACCAUCGCCGGGCCGAUGUCGGGCUCGUGACAGCGUCUCCUGCUUGCUCCCUGCCCAUUGCCUAGCAACAGGUAGCGGAGCGGAGGCUGCUUGAGGCAGGUGGGUGGUGCCCAUCAGGGAGGGCUGGGAGCAGCCUCCGCGCCAGGCAUCAUGUUCAGCAGGUCUGGCUACCGGGCCCUGCCCCUGGGCGACUUCGACCGUUUCCAGCAAUCCAGCCUGGGCAUCUACGGCUCCAAGCAGGGCUUCUUCCCCACCAUUCUGGGGCGAGACCGGCUGAGCCUGGGGCAGGAUGUGGACUCUCCCCAGAGCUGGCCAUCCUACAUCUGCCACAGCAUCAUCAGUUUCCUGGUGUUCCUGCUACUCAUUAUCACAUUCCCCAUUUCUGGAUGGUUUGCCUUGAAGAUCGUCCCUACCUAUGAGCGGAUGGUCGUGUUUCGUCUGGGGCGGAUUCGGGCCCCCCAGGGCCCAGGCAUGGUCCUGCUGCUUCCUUUCAUCGACUCUUGGCAGAGGGUGGAUCUGAGGACAAGAGCUUUCAAUGUCCCUCCCUGUAAGCUGACCUCCAAGGAUGGUGCGCUGGUCUCUGUUGGGGCUGAUGUCCAGUUCCGCAUCUGGGACCCAGUGUUAUCAGUGAUGAUGGUGAAGGACCUUAACUCAGCCACCCGCAUGACAGCCCAGAAUGCCAUGACAAAGACCUUGUUAAAGAAGCAGUUGCGUGAGAUCCAGAUGGAAAAGCUGAAGAUUGGGGAUCAGCUCCUACUGGAGAUUAAUGACAUGACCAAGUCGUGGGGUCUGGAAGUGGACCGAGUGGAGCUGACGGUGGAGGCUGUUCUGCAGGCUCCCCAGGAUGCCCCCGCCCUGCCUGGCCUGGACAGUGCCAUCCAACAGCUGGCACUCCAUUUCUUUGGCGCCGGUGGCGGUGGACAUGCUCCUGUGGCACCUGAGACAGACACCAUGGAGAUGGUGAAUGAAGUAGAAGGGUCCCUCCCACCUGCCAACAACCCAAGUAGCACCAGCAAUGGCGGCACCAAGAAAAGGCUGACGGUGGAGGAGCUGCUGGCUGCCGUGGAACUGUUUCUGUCCGAGACUUUGGUCAAUCAAGUCCAGGCAUGCUAUCAGUUUAACAUCCUCCUGCCCAACAGCGCACAUGGCACCUACUUCAUUGAUCUCACUACAGGGAGUGGGAAGAUUGGGCGUGGUGUGCCAGAGUGCAGCCCUGAUGUGGUUUUGGAAAUGACUGAGGCUGAUCUGCUAGCCCUGUUCUCUGGGGAAUUGAAGCCCCUUGGAGCUUAUAUGAGUGGGCGGCUGAAGGUGAAGGGAGAUUUGAAUCUGGCCAUGAAGAUGGAGUUGCUCUUGAGAGCCAUGGAAUAGUGGGACAACAUCGAUGCCUGUCCCUGUCCCCUGCCUUGAGUCCCCAGCCCCUCAAGGUGCUUACAGCGACCGACAACGACAAAGUGAUUUCUUUGGCAUGUAAAAUGGAGCUGGAAAAGCUGAUGCCGCCUGUCGUCCCCUACCUGGUCUGGUUCUCCUGUCUUCCUCACUCAGUUUUGUUCUUUUGACAAGUCUUUCCUGAGGGCCCUCCCUGUGCCAGGGGACACUGUGGAAGAGACAGGAGAAGGCCUAAUAUGUGCUCUCAGGGGACUCCUGCCAUGUCUAUCGAGACAAGACCCACACCUAUGCAACCACUGGAGAGCAUCACCAAGCAAUCUAAAACCCAAUGUUAGAGUAUGCCUGGCUUGCUCUUGCUGUGGCAGGAGGUCAGGAGAAACGCAGUAAUGAUCAAGGACUGGGUUAGUCAGAGAAAGCUUCAGCUGGGCCUUAGAGAAGGAGGAAGAGGAGGAGGAGGAGAACACUACCAUCCCAGCCCAGGAAGACACGGCUCCUACAAGCCAAUGGAAUCUAGAAUAGAGACCAGAGGACUAGGGAUGGAAGCCAGGGACUCUGUGGCCCUGGACAUCUCCUUAGAAUGAGGAAGAGAAGGGGCUGGCCCCUUCCCCUAGCAUGUCUCUUGGGCCUCUGGAUGGUAUCUGUCUUCCCUGUCCUGCAUGUGAUGUAGAGGAUGAUGGGAGGUGGGACAUGUUUGCACAUCCUGGCUCUUGACUCAAUUGUCUUUGUGUUUUAAAUUAAAAGACUGAAAAACCUGA